AUGCCGGAAAUAUUAUCAUCGCUCUUUUCUUCAAACCCAUACUUUUCCGCAGGAAUAGGAGUGCUUGGGUUUGGAGCAGGAUUAGCAGCAUUACGGCAAGGUUUAGUCAGAGGAAGUUAUUUGGCACGUAGAAAGUUACUAGUCUCGCUUGAAAUUCCGUCAAAAGACAAAUCAUAUCAAUGGUUUUUACAUUGGAUGUCAAAACAAUUAAGUAAUAAUUCACAUAGUCACACACAUCAAUAUGCAGUGCAAACUUCAUUCAAACAACAUGAUAAUGGAAGCAUAAGUACAACAUUUAGUCUUAUACCAGGACCAGGUAAACAUUAUUUUAAAUGGAGAGGAGUAUGGUUGCAAGUGGAACGACAAAGAGAUGCCAAAUUGUUAGACAUUACAAGUGGAUCACCAUGGGAAAUAGUUACGCUCACAACAUUAAGUAGAGACAAGUAUAUAUUUUCCGAAUUAUUACAAGAAUCAAAAAAACUUGCAUUAGAACAACAAGAAGGAAAAACUGUAAUUUAUACAAGUUGGGGACCUGAAUGGAGACCCUUUGGUUUACCAAGAAAACGUAGAUUAUUAGAUUCUGUAAUAUUAGAUAAAGGUAUUAAAGAACGUAUUAUAAAGGACGUUAAAGAGUUUAUUAAUAAUGGUAUAUGGUAUAAUGAACGUGGUAUACCUUAUCGUCGGGGCUAUUUGUUAUAUGGACCUCCUGGAAGUGGGAAAAGCAGUUUUAUACAGGCACUUGCUGGUGAAUUAGAAUAUAAUAUUUGUAUAUUGAAUUUAAGUGAACGUGGACUUACUGAUGAUAGGUUGAAUCAUUUAUUAAGCAAUGCUCCUGAACGAAGCAUAAUGUUAUUGGAGGAUAUUGAUGCUACUUUUACUCAAAAGCGUCAACCAACAGAUCAGCAAGGAUAUCAUUCAAUGGUUACGUUUAGCGGAUUAUUAAAUGCGUUAGAUGGUGUAGCAUCAUCGGAAGAAAGAAUAAUUUUUAUGACAACAAAUCAUGUAGAAUUGCUUGAUAAAGCAUUGGUUAGACCAGGUCGUAUAGACGUUAAAGAACUAUUAGAUAAUGCAAGUGAUCAUCAGAUUAAGACGAUGUUUUUAAGAUUUUAUGAAGGAGAGAAUCAAUUAGCAGAAGAAUUCGUGCAAAGUGUUAAAGGUAAAAAAGUUAGCAUGGCUCAAUUACAAGGUCACUUUGUGUUCUAUAAGAAUGAUCCAAAAUGUGCUGUACGAUAUUCCAAUUCUUUCAUUCAAGAUGCUUAA